AUGGCUCAAACUUCCAACUCUGAAGGUCAAAAUAUCAAGGAAGUUAGCGCCAUCUCUACUCGAAGUGGUAAGAAUUUAGACAUGCCAUCGACAAGUACAACCACUUCACGUAAUGAAGAAUCGGCUCAGGAGAAAAAAGAGCUAACAAAAAUUCUAGUAAAGCAAGUGCCGGCCUAUGCCAAGAUUAUCAAGGAUCUGUGCACCAUAAAGAGAAAGCACCAUGUCAAGAAAACUGCAUUCUUGACGGAACAAGUGAGCGUAGUGAUUGAGCAAAAGACACCGUUGAACUAUAAAGAUCCUGGUUGUCCCACUAUUUCCUGCACGAUUGGGACACACAAAUUCGGCCAAGCAUUGCUGGAUCUUGGAGCUAGUGUAAACCUCAUGCCGUAUUUAGUUUACUCGCAACUUUGUCUUGGAGAGAUUAAGCAGACACCUGUAGUAUUGCAAUUGGCCGAUCGAUGCAUCAAGAAACCACAUAGAAUAGUUGAAGACGUGUUAUUGCAAGUUGAUAAGUUCUACUAUCUCGUGGAUUUCAUUGUUUUGGACACUCAGUCAGUGGUUGAUGUAGAGUUAAAAAUCCCAAUCAUCAUUGGAAGACCAUUCCUUGCGACAACAAAUGCCCUAAUUAACUGUAGAAAUGGUCUAAUGAAGAUCUCUUUUGGGAACAUGACUCUUGAGCUACAAAGCAACUCUGAAGAUCUUGAAAACCUCCUCCAAAAUUCUAAUUCUGAAAAUUCUGGUUCUGUUGAGUUGGCUCACUUGUCUGCAAUUUUCAACAACUCACAGGAUAGAGGAAUUAAGUUGAAGCAACUAUGUUUCGAGGAACUUCCGCAAGGGAGAGAGAAGCCAAAGCCUUCCAUCGAGGAGACCCCUACAGUCAAACUUGCUCAACUACCUGAAGGAUUGAAGCAUGCAUUUUUAGGAGUAGGCGAUACCUUUCCUGUUAUCAUUUCUUCCAAACUCGAUGUGUCACAAGAAUAG